AUGUUAGCAGCGACCCAAGAUAUUGUAGUUGAUGGCUGGGCUCUCACAAUGCUUUCGAAGAGGAACGUUCGAUACCAGUCUACGUGUAACAUUAUGGGACAAAGAGUGGGCUUCCUGAGUAACACUGUAUUUUUAUUACUUAAUUCAGUUAAUUUCUGCAAUAGGUACAUUCGUUCGGAACCUUAUGAUACAGGAAUUCUAACUCUAACAAGUUUUCACUUUUUUGGUGGAUGUGUGUUCAUUGUUACUACAACUCUUAUCUUGAUGUUCAUUCGCGAGCGAACUGAGCCAGAAGAACUGCGAUCAAUUGAGGGCGUGUUAGGAACGUACGCACAACUUUUACGCAUUUUAAAACUUAGACAGAUUCAAGAAUACGCACUUGUAUGCCUUACAAUAAAGGUUGGAUUUACCGCUGCUGAGAAGAUAUCGGGCUUAAAGUUGGUUGAAGCAGGGGUGCCGAAAGAAAACAUAUCAUUACUACAAGUGCCGUUGCAGAUGUUUAAUCUUGUACUUCCUUUGCUCAUUGCAAAGUUUAUUUGGCCUACUCCAAAGAGACCUCUGGACGUAAUGUUGAAGACGAUGCCAUACCGGUUGAUAAUUGGCUUGGUAUGUAUGUCGCUUGUCUGGUGGGCGUCUUCUGUGCGGUUGGAGGAUGGGGAAUUUCCGUAUUACUUUUAUGUGGCAAUGUUUUUAAGUCAUGCGCUUAAACUAGUAACUAUUACUACGAUGUCUAUUGCUUUUGUGACGUUCCAUAAUGAGAUUAGUGACCCGCUGAUUGGUGGAACCUAUACCACUCUGUUAAAUACCGUUCUAAAUCUUGGAACCCAAUGGCCAAAUACAGUUACGCUUUAUUUUCUUGACAUUUUAACCUUCACAUCAUGUCAUGGAGCUACUGAUGGUCAAAGGUACAACUGCUUGAAUGCGAAUGACGUAAAUGGUAGUCAGGUGGCCGUAACCUCUCAUUCAGAAGCUUCUGAGCAACAAUUUUAG